AUGAUAUGGGCCUGGGCAAUUACAGAACUCGGUGAGAAGAGUGAGGCUAGUCUUCAAGAGCUAGAUGUUAUACCUCUGAAGAAUUUGAAGGUUGAGAUUGAGAAAAUGGAUCAAGACUUUGAUGAAGCCCUCCGCUACAAGAGAGAAGAGUUGGGAGUACAAAACAAAGUUCUGGAAGGCACGGCCAAGGCUAUGAAUAUAAAAGAAGUUGACCACAGCGAUGAUGCUCCUGCUCGUGAUGCGUCAUGCAAUAGCGGGAGCAAGAAUGCGGAUGAAACUGCUAGGAAGGAAGAAAAAUUAGAGCACCUAAGUGGAGAACUCAUCUCCAAAGAAGAGGGCGGUGUAGAGACUGAGAGAGUCAACACUUUAGCUGAGACGGGUGAACAAGACUGGGAAGUCAAAGACAAGAAAGAGGGCGAGAGAUUUAGUGGCGUGUCCGGCACCCAUAAGGGCGGAUUGAGCCUCGAAAACACGUCCGAUGGAAAGAGGCACGGAGGAGAUGCGGGACCCGAGACUUUAGGAGACAUACCGAAGAUUGAAAGUGACGCGAAGUCCGAAUUAUCUCCAAAGAGACCAAUUUUUCCUAUCAGCAGUUCAAGCUCCAAGAGUGAGCCUUUCCGCGAGCUCCCCUUCUUCGAACCGGAACCUUUCCCAACGCGUGAAGGCAGCUAUCUUGAAGCCAAGAGUCUUCGAAAUUCCAAAACCUUCAGAAUGCGUGCGAAUGAAGACGGCAUCCAGGACGGGACAACAUACGAGGAGAAAGUCGCACUAAGCUGGGGGCGGUAUCUCUUGAGGGGUUCCUCGACACAAUUGACUCCGAGGCGGAUGAAACCACCACUGAUGUGGAAGUUCUUACAACUUGGGCGGACUUCGCUGUCAGAAAAAUCGAGGACGUUUCUUAAAGAAAAGUAUGAACGGUCUCUCUAA